UAUGAUAAAAAUGAAUAUAUUGUGAUAUAUACUGUUUAAGUUUGAAUUAAUAUUCAUUAUAUUUUUAAUUUAGUUAUUUAGACAAUUUUGAUAGAUACUUUUCUACAGAUCCAAUGUUAUAAAAAUAUAAUGCUAAGUGGAAGAAAAAUUGGACUUCUUAUAUCAAAGCACCGAUGGAAAAACUUAAGUGCAUAUGAUCAUACACAUAGCAUAGUUUGGAAUUGUUGUCCUCAGAAAUAUUUUCAUUUUACUUGUCCUUCCUUCGAGUUUCACGAGUAUGACAAAAGAAGUGGAUAUGAUACAGGUUUCAACAUAGCUGAUACUCGAUUAGAAAGAAUACGUUUAGGUCUUAAACAGUUAAAAUUUGAAAUUAAACGAUGGAAAGAAGAGGUAAAAGAAGUUUUAGAAGCAGACCCUAUCCUUGAUUAUAGAGCAGGUGAAAUAGAUGUAUUUUGGAGAUUUUUUAAUGAUUCAUCCCUUGAUCAUUGGAUUUGUACUAGUGAUAGUGAUCAUGCUGAAGGUUUUAGCAAGUGUGAUUUGAAACUGAGCCCCCAAGGAUAUGGUCUGUUCACUGGAAACCUAUGUUCGAGGGUACCUAAAGAUGGAAGAAUCCAAAAUUCUGGCUACUGUAAUAUUAUUACAAAACGAGUCACUAAAUCAUUUCAAAGAGACGACUACUUAGAUUGGACUCCAUAUACUCAUUUAAAUAUGCGAGUACGUGGAGAUGGACGAAGUUAUCUAUUGAAUAUUCAUGUGUCUGGUCAAUUUGAUAUUAUGUGGAAUGAUGUAUAUACAUUUGUUUUGUAUACUCGUGGUGGCCCUUAUUGGCAAACAGUUAGGAUACCUUUUUCAAAAUUCUUUUUUGCAAGUAAAGGACGGAUUCAAGAUAUUCAAGGUCCUUUACCUUUAGCCAAAAUUAGUCAUUUUGGUAUAACUGUUUCGGAUAGAGCUGAUGGUCCAUUUCAACUGGAAAUUGACUAUAUCGGAACAGAAUAUGAUCCUACUCAUCAUGAAGAAACUGCUUAUGAAAUGUAUGAGAUAAAACAGAAUUAUAUAAUUGGAACAUAAAUCACUGAAAAAAUUAUAUUUCAUAUUUGUUUGUUAUUAUAAAUCUUUAUUUUAGCUAAAUUAAAAAAUGCUUUACAAUUUUAGUUUAAAAA